CUGGCAUUCUCUGACUCAACGGGGCGUAAGGUCUUUGAUGUAUGUGAUUUCGACCAAUGCCUAAAAGAUUCAGAUGAAUAAGAAACCCCAAAAAAAAAAAAGGAUAUGGUCCAAACACAACCCAUCUCUUUCUCACAAGACCCAAACCAUUUUGGAUCCUCUCCUUUUUUACCAACUAGUGUUAUUGAAAAACAAUAUAUCACAAAAAAGACAAUCGUAUGUUUCCCUAAAAAAGACACAGUCACAUGUUCCUCCAAAACCUCCAAAAGACUCUGCACCAGAAUCUCAAAGUUCCAAGAACUACCCGCGAGGAGUGAGCCCCAGUUCAUGGUCGAACAUGCCAGUAGUCCAAUUAUUACCUUUCUUGAAAAGGUUGCAAAUCAUGGAUAAUAACAUGAGAAAAGUCCUUAAAUCUGAAACUAAAUACGAAUAAGUCUUUAUACCAAAUUUCAUGAUGCAUGAACCAACAGUGGUUGAAGAAGAAGAUAUGGAAAGUAUUGGCAAUAUCUCUGAAAACAGACGAGAACAUCAGAGAUCAAACAUUCAAUGAGAAUGGAAUCCAAAAGGACAGAACUUGGGUUCACCCCCUAAGGUGAAUCUUAUA